AUGGCUGCCGCGUCGGUCUUCAUUGACGUUGGGAAGCAGCUUCGAGUAUAUUUGUGGGAUCGUGCUCGAGCUUUGAUGAUUGCCGAAUCGGAGCAGAGCGUGAUUGUGCUGCUUCAGUGCAUGAUAUUGAUGACCUACGAGGAGUGUCCAGUGCGAGUCGAGCACCGGUGGCUGGCGAUGGCAACGCAGCAGGCGCAGGUUCUGCUGUGUGACCAAUGGACUGACGCGGGUGAUGACGAGCUGCUGAAGAGAACGGUUCGAUGUCUGCUGAUCAGAGACACGGUUCUCUCGUUGACUAAGCGAAGUCGCUGCCAGGUUCAAUUAGAGACCCCACAACAGCUCGUCCCAUUGAGGUACACGACAGGUCGAGAGUCUGUCGUCCACGAAGACAUACCAAGCGAGACUGAAGACGAGCCCUGUCUUGCUCUCGAGAAGCUAUGCGCAAUCGUCAGGCCAGUGCUAGACGCGGCUCCAGGACGUCCAAUUACCGGUCAGAAUGAUGGUGAGCUCCGCUUGUUGCUGCAAUACUGGGCUCAGAGAUAUGCCUUCGAUACCAGAGAUGCAGAUGUUGCUGAAGUCGGUAAUGUGAAGAUUCACUGGACGGCUGUGAUCGGUCUUUGGUCUUUGGCCGUGCUCACCUUCUUCUGCAAUUCUGCCGAUGCGAAUUCCACAUCUGGGGUGACCACAUUCCGUACGCACGAUACGCGACUGGUUGCAAUGGCGAUAUCGAUCUCGACAACUGUCCAUCACAAGCUUUAUGAGGAGGACCUUGUGCGGUUCCUUCCCUCUUCGUCAGUUUCUGCACUCAUUCCAAUCACAAUAGCACAUCUGGUCAAUACGACUUCCGAGAUUCAAGACAUCUGCCAGCAGAGCACGCAGAAGUUCUACUGCUGCUGGCAGGUCCUGCACGACCUGCGAAAACGAUACGGUCUGGCUGCCGCAGCGAUGUCACGGAUCGACUCGCUGGGCCAGCAGCUGCGACGGAAGAUGGACACUGCGCAAGCCGAGCAGACGAAGCGUCUGCAAGAGCGUACCCGGUCCAUCUGCACUUUCAACCCUGAAAUGGAGCAGAUUGAGGUCUCGACGACCUCAACCGAUGAUGAGCACUGGUUGGCACUUGUUUCGGAACCAGAGCAGAUACUGAAUAGUGAAAUGGAGUGCUGA